CGCGCCGAGCCGCGCCGAGCCGCGCCGAGCCCCGGGACCGCGGCGCGCAUUGCGGAGGGUCUGGGACGCAGCGGCUGCGCCUGCCGCGGGAGCCUGCCUGCGGAUCCGCAGGGCUACACGCGUCGCGUCCCGGGAGCGCCUCCUUUCUCUCUGCGGCCGCUACGGGCUUGGUAAGCCUCUUUCUCCCUCCGGCCGGCAGGCUGGGCGCGCAGGGGUGCCGGCCCUUGCGGGGCGCGCAGUGGCACCAUGGGCACGGUGCUGUCCCUGUCCCCCAGCUAUCGAAAGGCCACACUGUUUGAGGAUGGCGCGGCCACCGUGGGCCACUACACGGCCGUGCAGAACAGCAAGAACGCCAAGGACAAGAACCUGAAGCGGCACUCCAUCAUCUCGGUACUGCCUUGGAAGAGGAUCGUGGCGGUGUCAGCGAAGAAGAAGAACUCCAAGAAGGCGCAGCCCAACAGCAGCUACCAGAGCAACAUCGCGCACCUCAACAAUGAGAACCUGAAGAAGUCGCUGUCGUGUGCCAACCUGUCCACGUUCGCCCAGCCCCCGCCGGCCCAGCCGCCCGCACCCCCAGCCAGCCAGCUUUCUGGCUCCCAGACUGGGGUCUCCUCUUCUGUCAAGAAGGCCCCGCACCCUGCCAUCACCUCCGCAGGAACACCCAAACGGGUCAUCGUCCAGGCGUCCACUAGUGAGCUGCUGCGCUGCCUGGGUGAGUUUCUCUGCCGCCGGUGCUACCGCCUGAAGCACUUGUCCCCAACGGACCCCGUGCUCUGGCUGCGCAGCGUGGACCGCUCCCUGCUUCUGCAGGGCUGGCAGGACCAGGGUUUCAUCACACCGGCCAAUGUGGUCUUCCUCUACAUGCUCUGCAGGGAUGUUAUCUCCUCUGAGGUGGGCUCGGACCACGAGCUCCAGGCUGUCCUGCUGACCUGUCUGUACCUCUCCUAUUCCUACAUGGGCAAUGAAAUCUCCUACCCGCUCAAGCCCUUCCUGGUGGAGAGCUGCAAGGAAGCCUUUUGGGACCGUUGCCUCUCAGUUAUCAACCUCAUGAGCUCCAAGAUGCUGCAGAUCAAUGCUGACCCACACUAUUUCACACAAGUGUUCUCUGACUUGAAGAAUGAGAGUGGUCAGGAGGACAAGAAGCGACUCCUCCUGGGGCUCGAUCGGUGAGCCCCUGUAGCUGGUAUCCUGGCUCAAGGAUUCCAUUCGUUUUUAAAAUUUAUUAUUAAAGAAUCAAGUUUUGUGUACAGUAUGUGUCUAGCAGAGCCACCAAGGGCCUCUUCCCACGUUCUUUCCUUGGGUUUUUUUUUUAGCCCUUUCAAGAACUCUGGGGACUUUCGAACUGAUGAACCUUGUGGGAACCCAGAAGAUGCAUUCAGAGCCACUUCGGCUGCUGACCACUCUCAAGGGACUGACUCGUCUACGUCACCUGUACCCACAAUGGAUCCAGGGUAGAUGAGGCUUCCCGCUGUCCCAUGAUCUGAGCUGGGCCCCGAGGCUGGUGGCCCAGGAGGAAUCAGCCCUUUUCUGGGUAUUGUUUCAUUUUCUCAAAGGCUCCUGCAGCCAGCUGUUCUGGUGAGGCAAGAUCUCCACUGCCCCGGGGCAUCAGUGGAGGCGCCUGGGAGUGGGUCUGGUGCAAAGAUUGUUGGUGACUGUUGGCCGCACACGGCCCUGGUCUGCUGCUUGCUGUUCAGAGAGAAGGGCUUUCUUUCCUUUCCUGGCAGGAUGGAGCUCCCUCCCCGUCCUUUUGUCUGUGCUCCACCUUAGCAUUGGUUAAUAAGCUGGUUUGCUCAUUAGAUUCCUCUCCCACUUUGGGUCCCAGCUAAGGGAUGAGGUGAAGCCAGGGGCAGCUCCUCUCCUGAGUGAGCUUUUCAUUUGAACAACACCCUGUGUAAAAAGCCAGGACAGCACCAGGGAUCCACUAGCAACGCUGCCUCCUGGGCAGGUGGGUGUCUAUGCCUGAGAUCAAGUUGGUGCCCACUUACAUGCUAAGGCCUCUUGCUGGUGCACAUGAUACUUGUCCUAUAUCCCUGGGGAAAGUCGAGAUGGGGUGAUAUGGCAUUGCUGUCUCCCACCCCUGUCCCUACUUAAUUUUAAGCCGUUUCCAGGCAGUUCAGUUUCUCCUGGUGAGGAGGCUUUGCUCUGUGCAACCUACUGAGACAGCUGCAUUCGGGGACAAUUACAGGAUUCGAGUGUGGCUCCCGAUCAGUUUGGAAGCUUGGUGACUGUCCAGCUGAUCACUUCCAGCUGCUGGGUGUGGUGCCCACCCAUCCCUGUCGGCUACAUAACACUCUGGACUUUAAUGGUUUUUCGUUCUAAUUUUCCCAGACUGGUAGCUUGGGGUUUGGAAGCGGUCCAAGAAAAGGGAGCCAGUCUUCCUCCAUGGCCCUCCCUCCAGCUUUGGGGAACAAAGAGCAAUGUGAAGAUGCUACCGAGGGCCUCCUCUUCCUUUCCUGCUUCCCUAGGGGGUGCUGGGGCUGGGGCCACAGUGGGGAAGGCAGAGGUUAUCUUGCAUAGGAUUAGGUUCUAGGUGGCUGCCAACUUCUUGCACAAGCACUACUGGAAAAUCACACAAAGAGAAAGCUGUGAAAUUGAGGUCUCAAUUGCAGAGGCCUGGAAUAGAGCCUUUCAGAGUGGGGAAGAGGACCUGACUGGACUAGAGGGCCUUUCCCCAGUCCCUCAUCCGGGUUCCUAGAGAGUGGAUCCUGGGCCCUCAGAUGAUGACACGGAGCUGGAAAGCCCUGCAAGGCCUGCUGACUACAGGCCUCGCUGCAGCCUCUCUGGGCCGGCUUCCUGCAGCCCAUCCUCAGAUCCUGCUGCCACGGUGACCAACCGUGCCUGGAGCCCCACGGGGCAGUUGGAGGAAGAAGAGCUUCAGGUGUGCAGUCCGAGGAGAGGGGCACUCGUUUGUAGCCUGCAGGGCCGCUGAAGCGGGCCUGAAGCUGUUCCUCUGAGCUGCAGUAACAGGAUUCCAGCCUCGUUGACUGUUUCCUUCUCUUUGUACCUAAUUUUUUUAAAAAAAAAAAAAAAAACAAAAAUUUGUUUUUUGAGAAGGUGCAUAUUUCAGGAGUGGUCGUCGACUGAGGAAAGAGCUCCGUCGUUCCAUUGUGAGGCCCAUGCCCUCUCUCUUUGCUCUGGUGUCCAGGACUGUGUGAAGGAACAACUGCUAGACUUAAGUGUUCGAGCAAAGAACCCGUCUGACAUGCUGCUAUGAAGACACUUUUAGAACAAACACACGCAAAAUAGAAAAGAAAAAAAAAAAAAACAAGAAAAAUGUGAAAAAAAAAUCUACAAAAACCCCCUUUUAUUCUUGUUGCUUUUACAGUGGAACUGUGCAUGCGAACCAGGAGCAUUUUGUGUCUUAAGAAAAAUAACCUUAGAGCAGACGGCCGUGAGAAUCCCACGUGCUGAGAACAAGCCGCAGGAGCGGAGUUCAAGAUUGGAUUUUUCUCUCUUCCUUACGACCGUGAAGGGUUGAUCCAUCCUUUCCAUGCAGUUAUUAGAAUUUAGUUUUGUCCCAGCAGUGUUAAACUUGCAAUGAGGAGAAAAUGUGCCACCCCCUGCCCGGACUUACCCAUAGCUGUGCGUCGAUCGAUACUGCUGUACACACACGUGAUGGUUUUGGUUUUGGUUUGGGUUUUUUUUUUUUUAAGUGAGAUUUCUUCUGUAGCUAUUCUUUGACCAUACUGUGGAUACUGUUAAUAUUAAUUUAUAUUUGUCUCAUUUUGUAUGUAUGUAUGGCGUGUUUGUGAGUAUGUCUGGUUUAUAAUCUGACGAGACUCAUGAAGCUCUGUUUGGCUGUAAUUUAAUUCCCCUUCCCUUAUUUUUAUUUAUUUUUUUGUACUGUGCUGAUUCAAUAAAAUGCACUGACCAUCCAGCACA